CGGAGAGAGUAAGAUGAACAGAGGUCCUGCUUCUGUCCUCCCCAGGAGGCAGCCCCUACCUCCGCGCUUCUGAGGCAGGAGAGGGCAUCUCUGCGCAUCUGAAAGGGGAGGGGCGGUAAGAAGGACAGCAUUGCACGGGGAGGACCAGUACGGGCGUACCUGUAGCUCCUGGGGUCCCACUGGGUUUGCGGGUGGCUCUUCACCUUUCUGGAGGAAACGAUGUGUUGGAAGACGUUGCUGCUUCUGCUGUUGUGUUAUGAUGCUCAGGCCACUCUGUCCCACAGGUGGAGCCGGGCCGUGCUCUUCCCUGCCGCCCACCGGCCAAAGAGAUCCUCGUCGGUGCCCUUGAACCCCAUCCUGCAGAACUCCCUGGAGGAAGUAGAGCUGCUCUAUGAGUUCCUGCUGGCUGAACUUGAGAUCAGCCCUGACCUGAAGAUCUCCAUCAAGGACGAGGAGCUCGCCUCCCUGCGGAAGGCCUCAGACUUCCGUACCAUCUGCAAUGAGGUGAUCCCCAAGAGCAUUCCAGACAUCCGGCGGCUGAGCGCCAGCCUCUCCAGCCACCCUGGCAUCCUCAAGAAAGAGGACUUCGAAAGGACAGCGCUGACCCUGGCCUACACAGCCUACCGCACAGCCUCGUCCCAAGGGCAUCAGAAAGAUGUCUGGGCCCAGUCGCUCCUUAGCCUCUUCCAGGCCUUGAGGCAUGACUUGAUGCGGUCCUCAGGUCCCAGAGCGUCUCCCUGAGAGACUGGCUGGCACCAGGACCACAGAGCGGGGACCAGGACACGGUAAUCCAGAAAUUCUUCAUUCUCUACUGCAUUUAUAGAGACUGGCCACAAAACACAUACCACCAACUCAGAGCAGCAGAGAUAAAAUAAGAAACCCCGAUGCUCUUUGCCCCCUGUAACUUCUUGACAAGCAUAAGAUUGUGAUUCAUAUCAUAAUGGGACCUGGGCUGGAAAAAAGGGCUGGAAUGGUAAUUCAAGAUGCCUCCAGAGGCUCUGAAUGGUUUGCCUGGUGAAUUGCAGGAGUCUAAGAUAUGCUUUAACAUUGAGUGACUGUGACACACACACCGAAGAGUGAGGACAGAGCCAGGGGCUACAUCACAGCAAUUUGGGCACGGCGGGGAGGUGGGGACAGAUUUCUUUGGUCCUAAGAGAUCAGGGUGCUGCAUUGAAUAAACAUCUUCCCAAAGUUCUGUAGUAAGAUAUAAAGAAACUAGAGCUAUAGCCAAAUAAAUACAGUGCUAAUCAAGGAUAUACUUCUCAACUUUUCCAAAAGUUCCCAAGAAGAAUGUCAGAAAAUCAGUUAUGGCCUAUAUAUCUAGACUCUUCUUUUCCAAAAACUAGUCUAAUAUGGAGGAGAGACAUGAAGGGGGCCCAUGAAAAUGCUACUGUCAUGCCUUGCCUUUGAACAGAGAAACCAAGCUAAUGCAGAGAGGGUCGUCCUAACAAAAAAACACCGACACCCUGGCCUGCCUAUCCUAAUGCUACAAUUAUUGAGCGUCAUCAGAGAAUUAAGUGCCCCAAAUAAACAUGGUUUUCAGAUGACAGAAUUUUACCCUUUCAAAUGCCAAAACUUUCAUUUUAGCAAUAUUGACCAGAUAUAUUUUAAACUAUACAUAUGAAAUGCCUUAAGCUUUUGUUUAGUAUCUUGGAAACGUUCCAAUGAAGUAGUUAGGUAAGACCAUCUCUAAGAUUCCUCUACUUCUGAAAUUUCCACAAGCAUUUAACUAACUGUGAGAUGUUACGGGGAGGACACCUGGACCCGAGAUGUCUGCUUGGACUCUCUGUAUCAACCCUGAAAGUUCCUAGGCUUUGCUAAUUCUGAAUCUGGUGUGAGUUUUUCUGCUGCCGUCCUCACUGUCAGGCUGUAAGAGUACAUUCUUCUUUGCUACCAGCAUAACUUGCCCUUUGUAAUUCGUUCUUUCUUACUGGCCAUCACCUGAAAAAUAAGAUGGCAAGUCUUGUUAUAUUUCUAUGUUAAAUAAGAGUUCAUAGAUGAAGAUCCCUGCUAGGAGUAAAGCACCUGGGUUCUAAUAAAGAUUCCUCACCAGCUCAGAAAUCUUCCCAACUUCUCCAAGAUUUACAGCUGGGUUCUGGAGGCUAAAGUUGCGAGAAGUCUCAUCUUUGAAUACGUGAGGAUUCACUGUGCUAAAUUUGAUUCUGAAAUGGAUAUUGUCAUUCAAUGAUGAUGAAAGCUGGGCUGGACUGCUUUAAAAUCUUUGAAUAUGUGAGCCUUGCCCAGCAGCACAAGCUACAUGAUCUUUUGAAGAAAUACCAAGAUGCAGGAACAAGGUAUUUACCAUCAGAGAAAAAUCCUGCUUUGCAUCCUGAUGUUCUCAGGCUCAGAAGAUUAAUCACUCUCUCUGGUUCUCAUUCCCUGGUUAUACUGCUCUUUACCUCCCUCAAAUACAGACUCUGAUAUAGACAUUUUUGUUCAAUUUUUCUCUUUCUAAGAUUGCAUUUUCUUUUUGAUGUGGUCACUCCACUUCUCUCUUUCUUUGCACUGUAGUUGGUGUCUCUGCUGCUCUUUGGGUCCAAUUUUGAUUAUCUUUAUAUCCAUUCCUCGAGGCAUCUCCCAGUUUCUUCUGGUUGACCUCUCGCUGUUUCUGCCUGCUGUACUUUGAUACUCACUGUCUCCUUCGGGGAUCACUGUCUGAUUAAAACAAAGGCGAGACAAAGGCACAGACACGUUUGGGAUUGCCCAGAAAGCAGAUUAGCCUCACAGCCUACCUUCACUAUUUGUGCUUGUCCUGGAUUGCGCUGGAGAGGGGGUCAGCAGAGGCCUUGCUCCCUAGACACUGGGCAAUACGCUGACAGUCCAGAGUCAUCCACCCUAGGGCACCACCCCUAUCAGAAUGGAUCUGAGAGCUUUCUUCUAGUCACCAGGAGGAAAGACCCACCUUUGUCAUCCCUGCCUACCAUGUUAGGACACACAUGGCUGCUCCAAGGGGUAGGAGAUCCAUAAACAGGAGGGUGGUUCCCGGGACCAGUGACAGCAAUGGCAGAUCGCUUACCCUGCCACAAAAAAUUAAAGGCGCUUUUGUACUGAUAAAUCGGGUCCAUACUUAGAGUAAGUAGCAAUCAAGUGAAAAAAAAGAAAAGAAAAGAAACAAGGGCACAACCUUUUUAAAGAUGAACGAAAAUUUCAUUUUUAGUAACUAGAUACUAAAACACUAUUUUAGUCAACACAAAUUGUUUACCCACAAAAAGUUUUAUAGCAAUGACUGCAUUUACAAGCAAAAUCAAAUACUCUGCUCACCACCACCACCCCGAAACCUGACUCUGUGCCCAGUGAGCAGGGAGGGAGUAGCCUGGACAGCAACAGGCUCUCCCAUUUUGCCACAAUCACAACCCAGUCAUAUUUUGGCAUAUUUACUCAAAGUAUCAUUCAGCGUGUGACGUUAGUAGUGGAAACUCGCCUGUGACUCAGUGGAACUUUUCUGCCAUUUCUAGACUGCGGGGAAAUUUUAGGAUCUAAAAAUUCUGGAAGUUUCUUCCAUAGUUGGCAUUCCCAUGGCUACCUCUGGUGUCACUCAAGAGACCUAUGCUGAAAUCUUCAUUGCUCUGUCAUCUCACCUUGCAUCUAACUAAAGGAGCAUCACAUAAGGGGUAAAUCAGUCAGAAGGUAUUUCCACAGGGCACUGGCCUAAAAGUAAAUGCUUGUUAAAUGACUUUACAUGGUGCCCCUUACUUCCCUAACCCAUUUUAAUCUCUUUCAUUUUUUUACUGUGGUUAGAAAACACAUCAUAUGAAAUUUACCAUCCAAACCAUUUCUAAGCAUACAGUACAGUAAUGUUAACUACAUGCACAUUGCUGUGUAACAGAUUUCUUGAACUUAUCCAUCUUGCAAAAACCAUACCUAUGAAACCACAACUCUGCUUUUCCCUCUCCUCCCAGCUCCUGGCAACUACUAUUCAACUUUCUGUUUCUGUUUGACUACUUUUGAUACCUCAUAUAGGUGGAAUUUGUCUCACAUUUCUCAAGCAAUGUAUAAAAUUUCCUUACGAAAAUGUUUUCUUUAUCUGAAAAAUGGAUAGAGUCCUGAAGGAGAACUACUGGUCUUACUGUGUCACUCACGUAAUUUUAUUUAACGAAUAUUCACUUCUGGUGUAAUAAAAAUGUCAUGAUCGAG